UUGCAUAGCACAUAUUGGAAUAAAUAUUAGAUGAAUUCUAUAACUGCAAAUACACCAAACCGUUCAGUCAUUAGCGACCAAUACUAAUAAUAAACACGCUUAGCAAAAAAAUACAAACAAAUAUUGUACAUCAGAGGAUAUUAUUAGAUAUGCGUAAGUAGACUUAGAAGCAGACGAUAUCAAAUCUGCUAAAGAUUGAUCGAUCCUCUGUUCAGUCAGUGGUAGCGAGAUUCCUUUACUUUAAGAAGAAUGGCUCUAAAAGACAUAAUUAGCGACCAGAACAGUGUGCGGAGUGUUCUUUGAAAAUGGUCGGUAUAAGUACUUUAUGUUGUUUUUCUGGAUGGAUUAAUGUACCAUUUAUUUUAUAGUAUGCUACGGGAAAACCCAUGUACAUAUAAACAACAGCUGAUUAUCAUUUUCUGAAGCUUUAAUGAGGUCUAAUUAAUCUCACUGAUCACCGGAAGUUAUUGAAUUGCAAGGAUGUGAUGGAAAUAAGCAGACGAGAACUUGUUCCGAGGAUUUACAUAAUAAAAAUGCAAAAUCUAAACACUCUAACAAGAUGAGAAAAAUUAACUUUAAAGGAUGUAAAAUGAAGUUACAACGAAAAAUAUCCACAAAUAAUUUUUGGAAAGUUGAGUGGAAUAUUGUUUAGUUUACCCCUUCAGUAUUAUAUAGUUUUUGUGACAUAUGUUUCUAUGAAAUGUGAUUUAAAAAGAAUCUUAAAAGAGUUGCGAGAUCUUGGAGAUAUAUUGCUGUAUUGGCAUAAUGAUUAUUGAUGUGUAGUUUAGUUCUGCAUAAGGAUAUGGCUCUAACGCCAAGAUAUAAGCAAAGAACUGAAUCUUUGCCUAAUGCAUUACAUGUUAUGUUCGGUAAUGGCCAAAUCAACCCAGAAGACAAUCCAAAUCAUUUGGUAUACAAAAAGAUGGAGACCAUUGUGGAGAAGAUGCAGGAUGAACAAACUGGUGUUCCUGUUCGAACUGUUAAAAGCUUCAUGUCAAAAGUCCCCAGUGUUUUCACAGGUGUUGAUUUGGUGGCCUGGAUGAUGAAAAAUGUAGAUGUAGAAGAUCAAGUUGAGGCCCUACAUUUAGCUUCAUUAAUGGCUGCUCAUGGAUAUUUCUUCCCAAUAGAUGAUCACGUUCUAACUGUAAAGAAUGACAACACAUACUACAGAUUUCAGACCCCAUGUUUUUGGCCAUCAAGAUGUGGAGAACCAGAGAAUACAGAUUAUGCUGUUUAUUUAUGCAAGAGAACGAUGCAAAACAAACAGAGAUUAGAACUAGCAGACUAUGAGGCAGAAAACUUGGCAAGGUUACAGAAAAUGUUCUCACGGAAGUGGGAAUUUAUUUUUAUGCAAGCAGAGGCUCAAGCUAAAGUUGACAAAAAACGAGAUAAAUUGGAAAGGAAAGUUUUAGACAGUCAAGAGAGGGCAUUUUGGGAUGUUCAUAGACCUGUGCCAGGAUGUGUAAAUACAACAGAAGUAGAUAUAAAGAAGGCAUGUCGGAUGAACAGGCACUCAAAAAUGACAAGGCCAAAUUAUGCUGUCCCUGGUGGUAGGUUAAGUCCUAGUGUAUCAGAGGCAGAUUUACACAAUCCAUGUGAAAGUUUACGGCAUGAGAUUGAAGUUUUAAAGAAAAAAUUAGAAAAACGAAGAAUAAAAAUUUCCAAGGUUACAGAGAGUUAUGUAUCUUAUUUUGACCAGUAUUGUGAAUUUGAUGCAUUUAUUACUCCUCCUGACCCAUCAAAUCCAUGGAUCUCAGACUAUAUAGAUUUCUGGGAACAGGAAAAAACAGUCAACCCUCGUGAUAUACCACAACGCAGAGUAAAAAGAUGGGCUUUUUCUAUAGAAGAACUACUUUGUGAUCCUGCUGGGAAGGAACAAUUUAGUAAAUUCUUAGAUAAAGAAUUCAGUGGGGAAAAUUUAAAAUUUUGGUUAGCAUGUCAAGAUUUAAAAUGUCUACCUAUUAGAGAAGUAAAUUUUAAAGUUACUGAAAUAUUUUCAGAAUUUUUAGCUCCAGGUGCUCAUAAUCCAGUUAAUGUAGAAGGUCGCAUAUCAGAAUUAGUACGAGGUCGAAUAGAAAAUCAUGUGGAUAGAUACUGUUUUGAAGAAGCUCAGGACCAUAUAUUUAAAUUAAUGAAAAGUGAUAGUUACAGUCGAUACCUUCGCUCAGAUAUGUACAAAGAAUUUCUAAGUGGGACACGGAAAAAAGUAAGAUUACUUCCAGCAAUCAGCAACUUUUCCGCCUUCAAGCACACCUGACACUUAUUUGAUUUUGUUUACACUUUUGUUGUCAAUAUCUUUCUGCUUGUGAUACAUGUACAGUAUUUAUUUUGAAGGGGUUCAUCAGGGAAAUACUCUAAAAAUUUUCAAAUUUUAACUUAAAGGAGAAACUUUCAGUUUGCUUUGCAUUAUCCUUAUUUCAAGCUUUUUGCUUCUUAAUAUACAAACAUGUAAAAAAGAACUGCAAAAAACACCUUUCAUGAAAAUUGGACCAAAUCUUUCUGAUAACAUUCCCAUGAGAGUUUCAUUAUUUCUUCCAUCAGGUCACAUGUUCAUUCUUUGAUUUAUGAUUGGUUGUUUUUAUUACUUGUUCAAUAUUACAGUUUAAAGACUAAGAUUAUUUAUAAUUGGCUUGAACAGUUCAUUAAAAAUUCUACAAAUUUAUCAUGUAAAAAGCUCAGAUUGUCAAAAAAAAGUAAUUGUGUUUUUAAAAAUAAGUUAGGCUAUCAAAAGUUCUAUGUACUGUAAAUUCAGAAAUAAUUGUGAUGUUAUUACAAUUGCGAAAAAUGCGAGAAGGUUAUUUUCGCAAUAAUUUAAACUCACAUUUUGAUUUUUUUUAUAUGAAUUUAACAGAAUUUUUUCUCAAUAACGCAAAAAUUAAAAUUGCAUGUAAGUAUAAAAUGACAAAAUUGCAAUAAUAAAUGCACGCGGUAAUUUCUGAAUUUACAGUAUUCCUAGGAACAUCACAAUAUCCCUGGUGAACUUCCCUGUUUAUAAGGCAUUCAUUUUGUACACAUGUAUGUUACACAGAAUUAUUUUAUGUGUAAAUGAUUGGCACAGUCUUUCAUGUACUGCACAACAAUGUGAUAUAUAAGCAAAAUAUUUUUCAGUGUUAGUUAAUAGUUUUAUGAACAUAGAAUUGUAAUGACAAUAUGAAAUAUCAAAUUUCUUUGAAAUAUAUAAAACAUUUUUUUUAAACAAGCCUAAAGAUUUGGUAGUGUUCUUUGGCCAGUAUAGAAGUCUGAGCAUCCAUUUUAUUAAAUAACUGAGUUCAUCUAUUAAAAUGGUGGACUAAAACAAGAUUAUGUUUAGAAAAAUAUACCCUACACAAAAGAACAUUUUAUAUAGCAUAAGUAUUAAAUGAAUUAAGAGAAUAUGUUUUUUUGAUUUGUUAUGAGUUUUUGUUUUUGGAGAGAAACGAAUGGAGAAGUGCUUUUUUCUUUUGAUUUUACUUAUAUUACAUUUUUAAUCACCAAUUUUUCUUUUUUAAUAUUUUGAUUACAAUUGUAGCAGUUUUAAUAACUGUUACAAUGGUCCUGUUUUAUAGCUUGAAUUUAAAAAAAAGCAUUUGAUAUUUGAGUGAACAUAAUACAAAUAUAGUAGCAAAAUCUGCAUUUAUUAACCAAUGUUGUCAUUCUUAUUUUUGCUGUUGUUUUGUAAAUAUGAUAUUAACCAGUAAUUUUUUUUGAAAAAAAAAAUCAAAAUAAAUUUGUUAUUUUCACUUGUGUGAAAAGAUAAUGAACAAAGUUAUAUCUAACUGUUGCAAACCGAUAAAUGUUAUAUUUAGGAUCCCAAUUCUUUAUUUGUUCAUUAAAUACUAAACUUAAAAUUAACAAAGUUUUUCAAUUUUUGUUAUCUUUACCAUAGAAUUUCAAAGUAUUAUUUUUGAAAAAUUUGUUCAAUAAGAUUUAAAAGAUGACAAAACAAUUUAAAACUGAAUUUUUUUAUGAUUUUUUUUUUUAUUGAAAAGUUAAACUUUCUGCUGUUAAUUUUUCUGUUGCAAAAAUAAUUUUGUGGCCGUUUUCUGGAGCUUGUAUUUGCACCUAUAAGUUAUAACAUUGAGGUUAACAUUAACAUUACGUUUUAAGUAGUUUUUACAUCUCAAUGUUUUUCAAUCUAAAAUUCGAAUUACCAAACAGAGUUGAUCAGUGUUGUGUAUUGUUGAUGAUUUAACUUUCUCCCGUAUGCUUUACACGUAUUUUAUUCAUGUAGUUAGUACACAAACAGUUGUAUUUAUUUCAUAGUAUUUUUUAUUUUAAAGCCUUUGCAGGGUUCAAGGGCAUGCAUAUUCAUUUAUGAGUUCAUUUUGUAAAUACAGUUAGAAUUAACAUUGAGUGAUUGAAAGACACAGGCUGGCUCUGUGAUUUUCACAAUGAAUGUACUGAUUGUUUAUUGAAAUUGUAACCUUAUUACCCAGUUUUUUCUUGGUAUCUUUUGUACUAUAAUUGAUGUAAAUUUUAUAGGGGAAUCAAUAGUUUUGAGUUUUCAUUGUCAUGUGAAGCCCAGAGAGUUGACAUAUGAUGCUGCAAGUUUUGCAAUUAAUACAGAUUUUCGAUACUGCUAUUGUUCCUUGAUAAUUAGGUAAAGUUAGUUGACAAAGAAAAUAACUACUAAAACAGUAAAUUUUAAACCUUACAAAAAAGAUUCGAUAAUAUUUAGUACCCAUAAUUUGUGGCAUUUUAUCCAGGUGUCACAUUCUCAUAGGGUUUUAGCUCACAAUGCCAAAAGAGGUAGUGUUUGAUUUUGAGGAACUCACCACUGAGUGUUGGUUAAAUAAAAAUAAAAAAUGGAAUUCAAAGGGAAUUAAUGUCUAAUUACUUGAUUUUACUUGGUUUUACCCCUGAUCAACCAAGAGAAUCAGCUUAUAUUGUGUAAAUCUCUAAUGGUCCUCUUUCAGUCUUACCUAAUAACCAGUAUAACUGACAUUACUAUAUAUAAAUGUAAAAUGUUAAACUAUAAUUACAUGUGUUUUAUGCCUAGGGAUAAAAUGCUAUUUCUGUUUUAGUGCUCUGUCUUGCCAUUUAUUUCUUAUAGUCUUAAUUUUCUGUGUAUUUUCAUUUUUGUAUUACCUUUCAGUAUACCAAUAUAUUGGCUUCUUGGGUUAAUGUCAGUUAGAUGCUACUGAGUUACAGUUCUUUUGUUUGUUUGUUUUUUAUAAGCUGUUUAAUUGUUCUCUUAUAUCUUCAGCUGGUAAAAUGGUCAGAAAUAUAUAAUACCAGAUAAACUUGUUUUACUUAUUUUGGCUCUCAAGAUGGCUGGAGGUCAUUAGAUUGGUCUUAUGUGCAAUAUAAGUGAUGCUGAGCUAUCCUUUAGUCUAAUGUAGGCUUAAACCAUGUUCAUACAUAACCCU